UUGCAAACAGCGGUCGCGACCAGACUUCGUUUCUCCCCAACCGAUCUCGUUGCUCGUUUCCGAAGUUAAAGGUUUCCGUCCAUUGUUGCGUGCUUCUCUUCAGUGUUGUGCAGUGUUGCAUUCCGUUGCGAAGGUUGUCGAGUGUUUGUUAUUGUUCCGACGCAGUGAAAUUUAGGUAAAAGUUUAACAACAACGAAAAAGUGCUGAAAGUGCGACGUUUUUAAACGAAAAUAGCAGUUGGUGCAUUUUGAGCGCUGCAGUUUGAUCUCCCUCACACGUGUUUGUGCCUCGUAGUUCCAUUCAAAUAAAUCGAUCUGUGAUCGCAGUAGGCAGGUUCCGGAUCACAAAUCCUCAAUCAGUGUCAGUGCGUUUAGCCAUUCAAGCCGGUAGUGAAUCAGUGCUCGCGCGGUGCAGUACUAGAAGAGCGCGCCAUCAAGGUGAAAAAGAGAUCGAGUAACAAGGGAACAACUUUUUUCGCCAACUUCGCGCUACUGCUAGGUUGUGAUUGCCGCGGAACCCGAUAUGGCAACACAAGGCCCGACAACGACGGCGACGACAAUGGCCGGAGCCACCCCCGCCGGUAUGACAUCAAGGCUUGCACAGAUGCAGAUGCGCUUCCAGCAACGCCAACAGCAGGAGCGGGACCAGCGCAAAGUGGAAAUGAUUUCCACCACAAAAACCACGGCCGCAGCCACGGCCAGUUCCGUAACGGCACACCAUCAUCUCAACGGUGGAAGCACCGGAAGCAGUAGCAGCACCAUCCGUUCCUCCACCAUCAACGCCUACUCGAACGCAACGACCACCACCAGCAGCACCGGCACCGGCGCCAAUGGUGACCUCUCGGCGUCCCUCGGCGCUGGCAAGGUACGGCAAAUGUUCGACGAGCGGCGCCAUCGGGUGGCCGGAAUCGACAAGAGCUAUCCCCUGCAACCGAUUCAACAGCAAACGCAGCAGCAGACCGGCAGGACCGCUACCAAUAAUGGCGGCAGUAACGUUUCCAAUGGCAACUCGGCGAAGACGGCGGCGGCAGGGCUGAACAACAAGACACGUGUGCCUCCGAUUUCGGCCAACACAAAAGCGCGCCUCGCAAUGCAGCAACAACGACAACAGCAGCAGGAGAAUGGAAAUCACGUGGAGACCUUCAAAGCCGCCUCCUUCGAUGACAACGAAAACCUGCUGGAUGACGAGAAAUUUCCAGAUACCAUUUCUUUCGACGACGAUCUCACUCUGACUCCAACGCCUGCUGUCCGGAAGCUCCCGAAUGUGGGCAAACUCAACGUCCAGCAGCAGAACGUCAACAGCCUCAAACUGAAACCGGUCCCGGGAAGAACCCCCACGACGCCGGCGUCGUCCACAGUCAAAACUGCCAGCAGUGCAACGAAACCCGUUACCAAAAGGGCCACUCCGAUGGCAAGUUCUUCAUCGGCUCCUGCUGCACCGGCACAGUCAUCGAGUAGCCCAUCGUCCGCUAAAUCUUCAGCGUCACGUGCCUCAACGGGCAAAUCAACGGCCAUGGCCAGCCGAAAACCGUCUGCAGCGUCCUCCGUCAUAUCGGCGACGUCCGCAACCUCGAACCGUUCGGCCCUAGACGAACCCGUUCCGGACGGUCUGGUUCGGUGCACCAUCUGUAGCCGGAACUUCGCCGAAGACCGAAUCGAGAAACAUCGAGAGAUUUGCCAAAAGACCAAGAGCAAGAAACGCAAGGUCUUUGAUACAACAAAGCACCGAGUGCUGGGAACCGACGCCGAAAAGUACGUGCUCCAGAAGAAGAAGGUCGGCGCUGCGGCCAGUAAGAAGUCCGUUUCCGGACCGUCGACUGCUCCAAAAGGCGCGGACAAUCGCCGCAAGAGUGACUGGCGCCGAAAGCACGAGGAGUUCAUUCAAGCCAUCCGAGCGGCCAAGGAAAUGCAAGCCCACCUGGCGAAGGGAGGCAAACUGUCGGAUUUGCCGCCGCCACCCCCCUCGGAGAACCCGGACUACGUGCAGUGUCCACAUUGCUCGCGCCGCUUCAAUCAGACCGCUGCCGAACGACACAUUCCGAAGUGCGCCACCAUGCUGCACAACAAGCCGAAACCGACCGCGAAAGCGAAGAGAUUCUAAAGCAGCCACUAACCAGCAACAAAAAAAACCAAGCCUAUCCUCCCCAUAAUCGUGCGAACGCCCUAACUGCAAGCAUUAUACGUGUAUUUUUCAACCAUUUUCCUCCAUUAUGACGAGAUUCUGUAUGUAUAUAUUUAAUAAUCAUAUAAUUUGAAAAAGAACAAAAAUACGAAAGCGCAAGUCUUAUAUUAAUCAGUAUCUUAUUUUUAACAAAGCCUGAUACAUAUUGCGAACGAGCCCGAACAGCAAGUGGCUGAUUGAUAAUAAAGCUACACAAAAAAAA